AAUGGGAGAGGAGGUGAGACUGCUGACCCUCCCCGCCGCCUUCCUCGCGCUGGUCCUGCUCGUCGCGUUCUGCGACCGUAGGACUUUCCUCCCGCAGGCCUGGACGAAGCCCAAGUUGACCCCGCAGCAGCUGGCGAGUCUCCGGCGCGACCUGAACUCGCUCUCCUCCAGGAUGCAGGACCUUGAAGCCGGUUCUUCCCGCACGGGCCGUGAACUCCGACUCCUGAAGAAGGUGGCGCAGAAGGUGGAGGACCAAGUCAAGGAGAAGCGAAUCAUCAAGGAUAUGUGCGGCGCCUUCUUCCCCUGCCACAGGAGGAAGCAGCAGCUCUUGCCUCCUGCGUCUACUACGGUCCUUCUGGGGAGACUGAGGGAAGGCUCCACUAGCAAACAGUUCUGUGACGAAGCUGCUGGCAUCUGGGUGCUCUGCGUCAGGCACCUCGCCUUGGGGGAGCUGCGGCCGCGGUCCUCAGCUCCUGUUUCCCCUGGAGCUGUUCGAGCGGCGGUGAGGCGAGAAGUACCUCCUCUCCUCGAGGGUCUCGCUGAGGGCGCUCACCUCGUUGAGGAUCUUAAGGAGCAGGUUCUCUGA